CCGACAUUUAUGAUCGAAAAUUUUGAAGGGAAAAAGGCAAAUAUUACACCCGACGGCCGAAGCGAACUAGCGAAGGAAGAAAAGGAGAAGAGAAAACGGGAGGGUUUCUUCUGCAAACGUCUCUCCUUCCGAACCUUUCAUGGAUUUCGAUUACUCGUAAUCUCUGCCAUCUCCAUAGCAAUCCCACAACGUUUCCCGCCCUUCUUCUUAUUUUCUGGUCUUCCGGAACUUCACAAUCUUCCAAAGACGCUGAGGGCUUAGCCUGAGGGGUUUCAUUGAGAAGGAGAGAUGGUGAAGACGACGAAGGGAGGCAAAGUUAUGAACCCUACGGAUGCCUACCGUAAGGAGCUCCGUAAGAAGGAAUUGAAACGGAAUAAGAAAGAAAGAAAGAAGGUGAGAGAGGUUGGCAUUUUGAAAAAAGAUCCCGAUGUCAUCAAGGAUCAGAUACAUAAGCUGGAAAGCAUGAAGGCUGAUGGUGCAUUGGACAAAGCAAGAAAGCACAAGAAAAGGCAACUUGAGGAUACGCUUACUCUUGUAAUGAAGAAGAGAAAGGUAUUUUCUGCUGUUUCAUAUACUGCCAUCAAGUUUAUUUGUAGGGAACUGGAAUAUAACGACAAAAUGAAGGAGAAGGGCGAGACUCCUGUUAUGUUCAGUCAUUUGGGACCUCCUCGACGGAGAACGUCUGCAGAAGAGGAAGAGAGAGCUAAGCACCCGCAGCCUGAGGACUCUGUCUACUACCAUCCUACCUUAAAUCCCACCGGGGCUCCACCACCUGGAAAACCUCCCAUGUACAAAUCAUCUAUAGGUCCUCGGAUUCCGUUGUCUGCUGGGUCAACCUCUGGUGCAUCAUCUUCAAAGACAGAGUCAGAGGAUGGUGCUGUGGGAGUACCACCACUUCCAUUGCCUCCGCCUCCUCCAUUGCCAGAAUCGGCUGAUGUGGAUAUAGGGGAUGGUUCUGUGGUAUCUACCACAUCUAUGCCUCUAGCGCCGCCUCCUCCACAACCUCCUGCACCAAGCUUGGGUAUGUCAUUGCCUCCUCUACCUUUGCCACCACCACCUCCUGGUCCACCCCCGACAGAAGACCAAGUUACAAGUUUUGCAUCAUUUCAACCGCCCCCUCCUGGCACCAAUAAUGAAAAUGAGAAAGAUUCAUCCACAUUGGCGGGUGACUCUUCAUCAAGGGAGACUGUUUCGGUGCCCAUUCUCCAGCCUCCACCUCCACCUGGAAUGCCUAUGAAGUUGACCAGCAAUCAGUUUGAAGUCGAUAAUUCAUCUGAAUCUGAUCCCGUUAUUCCGCCAUCAGCCAUGGAUGGCACAAAAAUGGUUCCUCCUCCGCCUCCACCUAGGCAACAGCCCCUACUGCCUGGACCACCACCCAUGAUCCAAAGCAUGCAGCCUGAUUUACUACCACCUGCAAUGGGAAGAUUCCCACCACCUCCGCCUCCCCCUCCACCAGGCAUGCGGCCACAUCUAGCAGCUCCUGGGCUUUCUGGCCCUCCAGUAGGGAUGGUCCCAAUGAUUCCAAGACCACCGUAUGGUCCUCCACCUGGACCUCCCCCAAUGAUGAGGCCACCACUGCCUCCAGGCCCUCCUCCUGGUAUGAUGCUAGAACACGACAUAGGUAGUAGGUUUGUUGCUCCCCAAAAACCAUCUUAUGUCAAAUCUGCUGCAUCUACUGUUGUGAAAAGGCCGCUGGCACAGCACACCCCGGAACUUACAGCCAUGGUUCCUGCAUCGGUGAGAGUCAGGAGAGAAACAGCUGCAGGCGCAAAACCGAAGCCAAAGGCUACGCCCUCAGCUGUUACAAUGUCGACGAGGCCUGUGGUUUCUGCUGUAUUUAAGCCUGAACCACCUUCGUCAUCAGCAGCGGUUGGGCCUAAAGGCAAGAGCGUUGAUGACUCGUACUCGGCCUUUUUGGAAGACAUGAAGGCACUUGGCGCACUUGAUAGUUGAUCCAAUCACACAGCCUAAAGAGAGAUCGACUCGCUGUGAACGGGAACUGUUGCACUCCUCUGACUGUGUAGGGAGACGGUUGAAGGUCCUGACGAGCAAAAAGGCUUGUGCACUUCGGACUGACGGACUCGGGAACCUUUCUAUUCUACCGUCAUGGUAGAUGCUUUGGUUCUAGCGAUCUAAUAUGAUUGAGCCAUGUUCCGUUGUAGGUUGAGACGGGUAGACCGGCUAAAAGCGAUUCUUUCCUGGGUUCUUUCAAUUGACUUGACUCUUGACAGUUGGGCAUUUGUAUAUUUGGGACCGGAUCACCUCAGUAACCCUUCCAUCAGUAACCCCUUCCCCUGGCCCUCACGUGUCAGCCUUUUUCUUUUAUUAAAAUUCAACACGGAGGGGGUAAUAGGGUAAAUUGUACCCCUAUUUAAUGCUGACGCUGAUGUCUGACGUUGAUGCUCUGACGCGGAUCCCACUCUCUCACCUCACCUAGUUCUCUUCUCUUUUACUCUUUGUUUUAUUAUUAGAAAAAGUACAUUAUUUCCUCUC